AUGAACGCCUAUGAGACUCUCACCGCUGUGGGCGAGGGCCCCUGCAGCAUCGUCUACAAGUGCCGGUGUAAGGCCACCGGAGAGAUUGUCGCAGUCAAGUGCUUCAAGGAAAUGAACGGAAAUAUGUACGCCAUGCUUGCGACGCUUCGCGAGCUGCGCAUCCUAAGGAUGAUGCGGGGUGAGCCAAACGUGGUGCAACUCAAAAGUGCGUCUCGCGAAAAUGGGAAGCUGUAUUUGGUGAUGGAGUGCAUUGAGACCAACUUACUGGACGUUAUUCGCAAGGCCCCCGCCGGUGUGCAGCUGCCGCAGAUGCGGCAGGUUUUCUACACCCUGCUCUUGGGGCUGCGCUCGUGUCAUCGCAAAGGCGUCAUUCACCGUGACGUGAAACCUGAGAACGUUCUCGUGCGUAAUGGUCUCUCCGCCGUCGUGUGCGACUUCGGCGCCUCGCGGACGGUGGAGCCUCCCCGGACCGCAAUGACAACGAGUGGUGGUCUUCUGAACGCGCCAGAGGGGCAACUGCCACCACUCACGGAGUACGUCGCGACGCGGUGGUACCGCAGUCCUGAGAUGCUGCUGGGGAUGCCGAGCUACAGUUAUGCCGCCGAUAUGUGGGCGGCUGGGGCCGUCUUGGCGGAACUGGCGCGGGGUGACCCACUUUUUCCAGGGAAAUCCGAGGCGGAGCAGCUCUCCCUUAUUCAGCAGCGCGUGGGUGGCUUUCCCCCCUCGAUGACGCAAAACGGUAAAUGCACUUCCAUGGCGCGCGCAAUACUAUCAGCACACACCAGCCACUGUAAGACGCAGGCAGAGUUGGCAGGAGACUACCUCAACCAGCAAUACGGUGAGGCGCUUGGGGAGAGUGGAUUGGGUCUUCUUCGUUCGCUGCUUACUAUUGACCCGGGUAAACGAUGUACGGUGGAUGAGGCGUUGGCGCAUUCCUUUUUCGACGGAUUGGUGUUGAGUGGCGUGCCGCCGCAGCCGCGCAGGGACAGUCUCAGCAAGGCGGUGCCUGCGUCCGCUGGUUCUGCGCCCUCACCGAUUCUAGCACCAAACCCCGCCGUCCGUGUAGACGCGCAUGAUAAUUGGUUUGGCCUCGGUGAGGGGAGGCCCGUGCAGCUGCAGGAAAUUGAGACGCUUCGCAACUCCAGUGCUGCGGAGCCGCGUGUGCACGACGUGCUUCCGAUGGAAGUGGAAACGACGCACGCCUCAUCUGCCUCCUCCAAGGCGAGGAUAAAUGGGGAUGUGACUGCAGACUGUUUGACGCCCUCCUCAAUCGCGUCCUCGUGCAUUGACAGUUCCCCCGACGAGGAGGUGGUGGGGAGCAUCAAAUCGCCAGCAAAUCACGCUGCGGGACUCACAAGCAUUUCUUUGACCUCGUCAUAUUUUUUUCGUGACCUUCAAACCGGCUCUUACUCCUUGUCCUCGUGCUUCUCGGCCUUCUCCAACAAGGCACCGACACGGCUGCCGGUCUACCAGUCGGCUCUUCCAACCGAGCUGAACAAAUUAAAUGUGGGUCGCACGCGACUUCCAGAGCUGAAGAAGCGUGUCGUCUUCCCAAUGUCCUUUCUGCCCCAAACCCUGGCUAACGACGUGAACAAGGGUCGUAGUAAGGUUAAUGGUGAGGCUUCCGUGGAGGGUGCCAGCAAGGCACAAGGCACGGGAAUCAAGGUGCUCCGUCAACUCUCACUGAAGCGGAGGGGCCGACUAGUGUUUACCACUAAGUCGUCUGUGGAUAGUUAG